UUCCCCGGAAAUUAAUUUCACUCUUCACCUAUAAAUACUCCCUCCAACAGACCAAACUUUAGCAUUUCCAUCAAAUUUUGAAAUUCAAACAAACCCCUUUUUCACUCUUCCACAAUUCUCCAAUGACGUGGACGAGGGGUCCCACCAUCGGCCGGGGUUCCACCGCGACGGUUUCCAUAGCCACCACCGCCGCCGGCGACAUCUUCGCCGUCAAAUCCACCGAUCUCGCUUCCUCCGCCUUGCUGAAAAAGGAGGAAUCAUUCCUCUCUCAACUCUCCUCUCCUUACAUCAUCCGCUGCUUAGGCUCUGACUGCAAUAGAUACGAUUAUAAUCUGUUUCUAGAAUAUUCCGGCGGAGGCUCGCUCUCCGAUCUGAUCGGAAAGCGCGGAGGCGCGUUGGACGAGAAAUCCAUUCGAUUUUACUCGAGGCAGCUGGUCGCUGGAUUGGAGUAUCUCCACCGCAGCGGAUUGGUGCACUGCGACAUUAAAGGGCAGAACAUCCUCGUUGGCGACGGGGUCAAAAUUGCCGAUUUCGGAUGCGCGAAAUGGGCGGGAUCCGAUGCGGUUUUUUCCGGUACGCCGGCGUACAUGGCGCCGGAGGUAUGCCGCGGCAAGGAGCAGGGUUUCGCGGCGGAUGUGUGGGCGGCGGGGUGCACGGUCGUGGAAAUGGCCACCGGGCGGCAUCCCUGGCCGGAGAUGAAGGAUCCGGCGGCGGCGAUUUACCGGAUCGGGUUCUCUGGCGAGGCGCCGGAGCUGCCGGGGUGGUUUUCUGAAGAGGCGAGGGAUUUUGUUGGGAAGUGUUUGGUGAGGGAUCCGAGGCGGCGGUGGACGGCGGCGGAGCUGCUGCGGCAUCCGUUUUUGGAUUCGGCGGAGGAAGCGACUCCGACGAGUGUAGCGGAUCAAGGAAUUUGGAAUGAAUUUGAGGUGGAGGAGAUGGAGGCGUCGCCGUCACCGUCGGAUUCUCCGGUGGGGAGGUUCGAAGCGUUGAUCGGUGGUGGUAGUCCGAGGUGGGGGGAUUUGGGGGAGGAUGAAGAGUGGUUGACGGUUAGGGCUAAUGAAGUUGAAGAUUUGAAUCAUGAUUUGAUCGAAGAAGAAGAAGAAAUUGAUUUGGUGAGGAUUGGGGAUAAUUCUGGGUUUGAUUUUUGGUGUGGAGAUUGUGAUUUUGUAACAUCAUCGUUUGGAGAGAAACAGAGUGUAAAUUAUGUUACUUAUUCAAUCUUAUCAAUUUUGAAGUUUAUGUUAAUGGAAUUUACUAUUUCUUCUCAAAUUAUUUACUACUAUAAGGUAAGAUAGAAAUUGAGAUAAAGUUCUGUGGUGGAGAAGCAUAAUCAUGAAAGAAAAUAGAUAAAUGAGGACUAUG